UAACGUCUAUAAUCCCUCCCACUCAGAAGUGAUACUAAACUCAAUGGAAAAGCUAACCAAGCCAAAGUGAAGUGAGUUGACCAAACCAAACUGUGGGGUACUAUGCAAUGGAAAAGCGCUGAUUACAAUUGCACAUGUAAACGCACCUAGUUAGAAAAUAAUUGAAAAUAUGUACUGUACCCCAGCUGUCACUGCGGCAAAACCUUUUAAAAAUGCCCUAAUGUGUAAGAGUAGGUACACACAUUUGGUACCAAUAUGUAACUACAAUGUAUCUUUGAGAUACUAAUAUGCACUCUUUUGUACCAAUAUGAUGUACUAAUAUGAACUUUUUAGGUGCAAAGCUGUACUUUAUGAAAGGGUACAGCCGCAGUGACUGCUGGGGUACAUAUUUUGACCAUUUUGUUUUUUUGACAGUGUAUGAGUAGGAUUAUAAAGCGCAAUGUAGGAGGAUCCAUGACUGUGUUUGACAUUAUGUUUUGUGAAUACACAGAUUUUAGAAAUGGACCUCAAGUCGAAGCUACUGUGAGGUUGGUGAAUGGUAUCAAUGCUUGUUCUGGACGUGUGGAGGUUCUCUAUAAUGGGACAUGGGGAACGGUUUGUGAUUAUGGAUGGGAUCUAAGAGAAGCUGCAGUGGUGUGUUAUGAGGCUGGCUGUGGGGCUGGUAUAGCAGCAUACACUGCUGCUCACUUUGGACAAGGUUCAGGACAAAUAUGGCGAAAUAAUGUGGAUUGUUUAGGCACUGAAUCCUCUCUGAUGAACUGUAAAUGGCUGAAACAGUCUUGUACGCAUCAAAAUGAUGCGGGAGUCACUUGUCAAGCUGGACCUUCUGUUAGGUUAGUGAAUGGCUUCAACCCUUGUUCUGGACGAGUGGAGGUUCUUCAUAAUGGAACAUGGGGAACAGUGUGUGACAACGGCUGGGAUCUAUUAGAUGCUGCAGUGGUGUGUAAAGAAGUGGGCUGUGGAGAUGCGAUAGAGGCAAAGAUUGGUGCUUAUUUUGAACAAGGCUCAGGACAAAUUUGGAUGGAUGCUGCACAAUGUACUGGGAGUGAGGCCUUAUUGGAGAGCUGUGCAUCAACAAAAUGGGGAAUACAAAGCUGUGACCAUUCAAAAGAUGCUGGAGUCGUCUGUACAUUACCUGUAAGGUUGGUGAAUGGUGACAACUCAUGUUCGGGACGUGUGGAGGUUCUCCAUAAUGGGAUAUGGGGAACAGUGUGUGAUGAUUACUGGGAUAUAAUAGAUGGUGGAAUACUGUGCAGAGAGCUGGGCUGUGGAAAUGCUAUAGUGGAAAAGACUGAUGCAUUUUUUGGUGAAGGUUUAGGACCAAUAUUGAUGGAUAAUGUAAAUUGUAUUGUUAGUGACUCUAAACUAACCAAAUGUCAAACAAAUGGAUGGGGCAUAAGCAACUGUGAGCAUUAUGAAGACGCUGGAGUCAUCUGCCAACCUCUUGUGAGGUUGGUGAAUGGCCCUUUCAAUGGGAGAGUGGAGGUUUAUCAUGAUGGAGACUGGGGAACAGUAUGUGAUGAUGGCUGGGAUCUGGCAGACGCUUCGGCGGUGUGCAGAGAGCUGGGCUUUUGGAAUGCUACGGCCAUAAAAACUAGCUCUUUCUUUGGCCAAGGUUCAGGGCCAGUAUGGGUCAGUAAUGCACAAUGCACUGGAGAUGAGGCCAGUUUAAAGAGCUGUCCAUCAAUGGUAUGGCAGUCCCAGAACUGCAGUCAUGACAGAGAUGUUGGAAUCGUUUGCAGAGGCAGGUCAAAAACAAUUCACGGAUGCAGCGUUGAAUCCAUAAUGUAUAAAGUAAUCAUAUGUGGAUUAUACAUAGUAAAUCAUUGUUCCUCUUUGUCUUUUAAUGGUGACCUAGCGGCCCAGUUAAUUGGUGGUGAAUGUUUUGGAAGAGUGGAGGUUUUUCAUCAUGGCAGUGGGGAGGAGUGUGCACAGAUAACUGGGACUCCACAGAUGCCUCGGUGGUGUGCAAAGAGCUGGGAUGUCCAACCAAUGGUGAAGCAAAGAAAUGGUCCUAUUUCGGAUCGGGUUUGGGACCCAUAUGGAUACAAAACACUGCAUGUACGGGGACAGAAUCAUCCUUAAAGCAAUGCAAUUUUAAUAACUGGGGAACAGAUUUCUGCAACCUUGGACCGGAUGCUGGAGUCAUCUGUCGAGAUAUCAGACUGGUAAAUGGAGCUAAUCGGUGUUCUGGACGAGUGGAGGUUUUAUAUAAUAAUCAAUGGGGAACCGUCUGUGAUGCUGGCUGGGAUUUAGCAGAUGCUGCAGUGGUGUGUAGUAGCAUUGGUUGUGGGACUUCAAUAGCAGCAAAGACCGGAGCUUUCUUUGGGCAGGGUUCAGGACCCGUGUGGCUGGAUGAUGUGAGUUGUUUUGGAAAUGAGCCAUCAGUGAAAAAUUGUCCAUCAAAGGCAUUAGGAACAAGCAACUGUAGCCAUUCAAGAGAUGCUGGAGUCGUCUGUCGAGGUAAGGUCAAAUGAUCAUUUAUGAUUAAAGAUCUCCUAAUAAUACGAUGCAAUAUCUGAAAGAGCUUAUACAUGUGCUGUUUAUGAAACCAAUAUUUUCUGCAGUUGUGAAUCUGGUUGAUGGCUCCAGUCCAUGUGAUGGUAGAGUUCAGGUUCUUUAUGAUGACUGGGGUGGAGUUUGUAACACUGGCUGGGGUCGGGAAGAAGCUGCAGUUGUGUGUGAAGAGCUGGGCUGUGGUGACACUGGAGAGUUACAGUCAUAUGUGGGUCCAUUUGUUGGGCCCAUAUGGAUGAAUAAUCUCGCAUGUACUGGAAAAGAGUUGACAUUACGUAACUGUCCAUUUACCGGAAGUGGUGCGACCAGCUGUCUGAACGACCUUUAUGCAGGAGUUACAUGCAUCAAACUUGUGAGAAGAGGAGUGGUGAGGAUUGUGUUUACUGCUACGACUGGUUUUGACAUUAAUGACCCAAUCAACAGCAUGAUGCUUUUGGAUAAGAUAAAGAAAGUGGUUCAAAGUAAAGGGGAUUAUAAUGUGAACUGGAAAACACAGCCUGAUGGACAGAUAUUCAACGAGCAGUUGAACAGCUACAGACAGCCACAGCCUUGUGAGAGUUGAUGCUUACUCUUUCAAUAUACGCUAUAUAUUUGUAUGUACAGUAUGUAAAUGGUAGGUAAAGUUUAUGGCUAUUAUGGGCUUUGAUGUAACAGAUAGAACCCAACAGAAAGCACUGUACAUUACACAAAAUAAGUGAAUCUGAUGUAAACAUUCCUUAGAAUUGACUAUAUAUGUACGGUUACGUCCUGGUUUUAAGUCAAGUGAAUUGUCAGCUAUUGGGUUUCAUUCUAAACUCGCUGCCUUUAAAAAGUUUGAAAAUUUAUGGUUGAAUUUAAUUUUGCUAAGGGUAAAGUGCUUUGCUUUUGUUUGCUCAUGAAUUAAUGUCUUUAAAGAAUGAAUUACAUUUGAACAAAUUAAUUUAUGCUAGGCAUGAUUUUUUUUUAUAAUUAGUUUCUGAUCAUCAUCUAAGUUAGUAUUACACUAUUGUCAGGAAAAAAGGUACCCUCAAAGGUUCAGUUUUGUACCUUUAUUGGUUAUACAACACAUUGAAAAGUUUUACCUUUUGGGGUACAAUAUUAUACCUUAAGGACCUAUUGUGUACCUAUAAGGACAUAUUUUGUACCAGAUAAAUGUUAGUGGUACAAAACAUUUAACUAUACCUUUAAAGGUACACAAUUGGUCCUUAAAGGACAAG